AUGAUUCUCACUCCUCAAACUGAGGUAACCGUUGAUGUACCAGAUAUUCGAGGAAGAACAGAAAUUCUGAAAGUUCAUGCUAGCAAUAAAAAAUUUGAUUCAGAUGUGUCUCUUGAAGUGAUAGCCAUGAGAACAGCUGGUUUUAGUGGAGCAGAUCUUGCUAAUCUCUUAAAUGAGGCUGCUAUCUUGGCUGGCCGACGUGGGAAGGCAGCAAUCUCAUCAAAAGAGAUCAACGAUUCAAUUGAUAGAAUAGUUGCAGGAAUGGAAGGGACAAUUAUGACUGAUGGCAAGAGCAAAAGUCUGGUUGCAUACCAUGAAGUUGGGCAUGCUGUCUGUGGUAUACUUCCUGAGGUUCCUAUAGCAGCAUCUGCUCUACUAGGUAGGAGUACUUGCUGA